UGUCUCCGGAGACAGAUCUGCGCACUGCUGCUCCACAGAGGCUCAGGGUGCCCGCCGCGCUCCACACCAGCCUCCACUGAUCCAAGGACCGCUACACCUGCUCUGCUGCUGCGCUCCCCCAGAGGAGACACUCCAGGGAGCAGAGCCACCUUCUCUACUGGGGAAUCAUGAAACUUGAGGUUUUCUCCGCGCACCACUUCGUGCAGAAGCCGCUGGAGUUGUGUAUGGACGCAGAGGGGGGAGUCCCGUCUCCUCUGUCCGGGGACGAGCUCGGCUCGGACGGGGACUGCGUGGCCAACAGCCCGGCACCUGUCAUCCAGGGAGGCGACGGCGCCAAGGGGAAGCCGUACACCCGCAGACCCAAGCCCCCUUACUCCUACAUCGCCCUCAUCGCCAUGGCCAUCCGGGAGUCCGGCAGCGGCCGCCUCACCCUGGCAGAGAUCAACGACUACCUGAUGAAGAAGUUCCCGUUCUUCCGCGGCAGCUACACCGGCUGGAGGAACUCCGUGCGCCACAACCUGUCACUCAACGACUGCUUCCUCAAGGUGCUGCGGGACCCCUCCCGGCCCUGGGGCAAGGACAACUACUGGAUGCUCAACCCGCACAGCGAGUACACCUUCGCCGAUGGGGUGUUCCGCCGCAGGAGGAAGCGCAUCGCCAAGAGGGGCCCCAAGCAGGAGCAGGAGAGCCCGGACAUCCUGAGCGAGGACACCCGCCUCCCCGGCCCGGAGGAGAGGGUGGGGGCCAAGUUCUCCAGCUCCUUCGCCAUCGACAGCAUCCUCAGCACACCUUUCAAACGCAGGGAGGAAUGCCACGUUGAGCUGGACCCCCACGGCCACCGGCUCUACUGGCCCCCAGGGGCCCAUGUGCUGCCGUAUCCUCUGAACUACCCGGCACAGCACCUGUACCUGUCCGAAGCGGCGUCCGGCGGCACGGGGCCCGGCAGGGACGCGCUCACAUACUUCCAGCACACGGCACCGGGCCUGGGCGGAGCCGAGGCCGCGUUCAGGGUGCCCAACAGGGCGCGAUGUUUCCAUAUAGACUCCCUGCUGUCAUGAAAGGCUGCGGACUGACGUCAGACCUGUGUGUUGAACCGUGACGUGCACUUCUAAUGGGUCUUAACUUCCAGUGCUUCAGCUGUUCCAGCGCGUGGGGCCGUGUCUGUGCCGUCACGUGCGUCUUUCUGGAGAGGAGCGAAAAACAUGUUAAUAUCGAUCUAUGUGUGUGGUGACUGAUGACAUCACAGGACAUUCCUCUGUGUGUGUGCGUGUGUUUGUGUGUGUGUGUGUCUGUGUGUGUGUGUGUCCUCUCCAUGGUUCAUUGGUCAUUUCUACUGUAUGACGCGGCAGCCCUGUGCCGAGUUCAAACCUAAAACUAUUCAUCUAUUUAUAUUUCCAUGUUUUGUAUAUGACCUGCUGUAUAAAAUACUGUUGUACAUAUAAAUAUAAAUAUACAAAAUAUUGACUGAGCUGCGCUGAGAGUCACGUGGCUGCACUAGAACCGCAUGGAAAGAUGUCCUGCUCUUUACUGAGAUUGAUUCAUGCAUGCCUGGUAUUUUCUAUGAAUAAAAAACAAAACGAUGGGACCCUGA